UUAUUGAUUAUCAAGAGUUUUAAUUACGUAAUUAAAGUGAUAACAAUUUAGAGUCUCUGGUUUAGAGCGGCUUGGAACUUGGAAUCAUCAUCAUCUUGUUACUUUCUUUUGCUUUCCACCUCCACCUCCAACUCCAUCAUCAUCCUCAUCCUCAUCAUCAUCACCACCACCACCUCUCCUCAUCAUCUUACUCACUCUUCAUCAUCUCCAUCGUCUCUCUAUCUAUCUCUCUCUCUCCCUCUUACAUUUGAUUUCGUAUAAAAAGUCAUGUAACAUGUUAGUUGAUAAUCUGAAGGAAAGUGACAUUGAGCGAGAAGGAGAAGAAAAUAAAUCAUCAUUUUCUUCAUUAUUUAUCAUCCUCAUCAUCUUUAAUCAUCAUCAUCAUCAUCAAUAUUUUCUUCUCACUUUCUCCUUGAUUGUUUAACCACCAAAAUAAAAUAACAACAAUUAAACUGUUUUCUUCAUCUUCUUCACUCUCUCUGUGAUCUCAACAAUUAACAUCAAGAAAAUGUUUCUAUUCAAAACCAAUGAUACCUCAUCAUCAUCAUUAACAUCACCAUCAGUUAAUCAUCAUCCUCAUCAAUAUCACAAUCACAAUCAUCAUCACCAUCAACACAAUUAUCAUGAAAAAUUCAAUUCCAAUGGAUCAUCACAACAAUCAUCAUCUCAAUUAACAGCAACAAUCAUCUCAUCAUCAUCAUCACCAUCUCGAUCAGUUACUUAUUACUUUAAAUUAGCCACAGUUAUCCUGUCACUCUUAUUCAUCUCAACAAUUAAUUGUGACAAUAAACUUGGACUAAUUGACCGGAACGAUGAAUCUCUAUUAGCCGAGAUCAAAGAUCUUAAUAAUAAGAUUGAUUCAUCGGAAAAGGUAUUGAUUAAAUUACUAUUAAACAAAGAUGUCCAAUCGUCAACUGAAUUAAAGGAACACGUUGAAAAAAUAUUGGAUUACCUGAGAUUCCGUAAGGAUGGGAUUAACACUUGGAAGAUUAAUUAUCAACAAUUUGAGACAAUGAGAGAUGGGAUUAAUAAGGAUUAUGCUGCUUUACCUUUUAAAAUUGUUCACAUUUUAAGUCAAGCGACAAAAAAUAAGAUAAUCCAUAUCGUACCUUUCAGUUAAAUCUUAAUCUUAAUCUUAAUCUUAAUCCAUUGAUCAGCUGUUUUAUUCAUAGUUAACAAUUGGUUUUGUUUUUCCUUCUUGUCAUUAUUAUAAUUUAAUUUAUUUGUCCAUCACCAUUGAUCAUCAUCAUUCUCAUUGAAUACUGUUAAAUUAUCUUGUUAAAUUGUCGACCAAUAAUCAACAAUUAAUCAAAAACCAAUUACAACAAAUUUAAAUCUAGAAUUUAUUAUUAUCCUUUUUUUUUAAUUAUCUCUCAUGUUGAUUUUUGAUUUGUUUCCCUUCAUUAUUAUUUGACAAUUGUGUUAAUUGUUUUUGAUUUUGCUUCUCUGUUUUCUGUUAAUUGUUUGAGAGGACACAAUUUAAUCAAAUACUCAAUAAUCUCAGGAUUAAAACAUAUCAAAUUUGUUAAUUGUAA